AUGCUAGUACAACCUCGUGGCUCGCCAUUCCACUUUCUCAUCACGUUUCGUCAAUGGUACAUCACAACAUUCUCAGAUCCUUAUUACAACAUUGACAUUCCCGGGCAUUUCUUCGAAUUCCUUGUCUAUGUCGAACUUGUCGUGCAGUUCCCUCUCGCAAUCUAUCUCACCCGCGCACUGUCAUCCAAACAGCGCAUGUCUGGUUCUGCGGAGCUUGUAGGCGUCGUCUACGGUGUAGUGGUUGGCCUUUGCACCGCUAUAGUUUUCAACGAUAUGUGGUAUCUAGGCCCAGAGGUUCUCACUCCUGAGGCUAAGCAAACUCUGCUGGGGACAUAUCUGCCAUAUGCUGUGAUUCGUAAGUUUCGUCAUGAGAACAUUAUCGGAUAA